UUAUAAAGAAUAUCUCUUUUGAUUUGAGACUUUAGUCUUUGCAACUUUAUUCACCAACAGCUUGUAACAUUCCAAAGAGUAAGGAAAAAUUAAUAUCGCAUCAUGUGACCCCUUUAAUGCAACCUGAGUAGUUUCUGUCCCUCUAUUGAAAGUCCAGGUAACCAUAACUUAAAAGAUCAAAAAAGCUUAUAAAGGCAUCAUAAAAUUAAUCCAAAUGAAUUGAGUCAUUUAGGCUUUUACUUGCAUCUAAACCAUACCUUAAAUUCCUUGUAGGUAUGUUUCACAAAUGAACGUUCAGCUAUUAAACCAUUUUUUUUGUCUCGUAUAUCUAUGAUUUGUUUAUUUGCCACAAAAUAAAAAAGCUGGAUGAAGAUUGUCUAAGUGUUGUGAUUUUGCUCAUUUUUGCCAGGUAUUGUAUUUGAAGGUGUGUCAUUUUUUUAAUGUUACUUUCUCCUAUCCCAGUUAAAUUUGCAAAGACAACUAUAAGUUAGUCAUUUGUAGGGUUGACUUCCCAAAAUGUGUGUAAACUGUUUUCAGUGGUGCUUUCAAAAUCUCUCUCCCUAUUUGUUUGAGUGGUCUGAUAUGUCAGCCUCUGGCUAAACCAAUGAUGUGGUUUGGGGGCGGGGCUACCAGGUUAUAGGAAUGUUGUGGAAACCUGUUAAAAAAAAAAAGGCUAUUUUUGCAAUUCCAUUGUGUCAGUAGUGGCAAAGAAUCAGUACACUCUUCCAUUUUGUAUUUGUAAAGAACCUCCAUAUAAAGUGGAAGAGUCAGGCUAUGCUGGUUUUCUCAUGCCUAUAGAGGUCUAUUUCAAAAACAAGGAGGAGCCUAAAAAGGUGUGCUUUAAUUAUGACCUUUUCUUGAACCUGGAGGGCAACCCACCUGUCAACCACCUGCGCUGUGAGAAGCUCACGUUUAACAACCCCACACACGAGUUUCGACGCAAGCUGGUCAAAGCUGGUGGGGCUGUAGUUAUUCCUGAGGGAGCGGAGAUGAUGCCAAGGCCGAGUCCAGAUUACCCAAUGCUACCUACUAUUCCACUCUCCGCCUUCUCAGACCCCAAGAAGAUCAAGUCCUCUCAUACGAUAAAGGAGUCGAGUAAAGAUGGAGGAAGUGGGAGCAGCAAAGCCCUCAAAGCCCAUAAGGCAACCAAAGAGCACCGAGAGCACACACGAAAGGAUGCAGAGAGCAAGGCCACAUCCAGAGAGAGCGACCGCGAGAGUGGCAAGUCCUCACGAGACCAAUCGUCAUCCUCUUUUUCAAAGAAACCCCCAGACGGCAGAGGAAAAGAUGAAGGGAAAACAGUGCCUAAAGCAGCCUUCAAAGAGCCCAAACUCACAGUCAGAGAGUCCAAGAUGGAUGGCAUGUCUCCAAAAGGUGGAGGAGCAGUGACGGGCGGAGGGGGACAGCUGGACGCUCGGGUCCCAAGCAAGCGGCCCUCGACUGCCACAGAGUCUCCAAAGCUGAGUACCAAGAAACAGAAGAGGGUAGGCCCUGAGGGCGUGAAGGGGCCUGUGAUCGGAGGCUACAGCAGCAACUCUCCCCGCAUUACCUCAACAACACCCUCCACGUACCCUGAGAAGAAAACCCCUAAAGAUAAAGGCCACUGGGCAAAGAUGAAACCAGAGGUGCAGGAAGUGAAAAGGCGGCCAGACUCUGACGAAUCCAACUCUGAAGAUGAAGCUUCUUCCAAAUCAGAGCAGUCGGCUCCAUCCAGUCCAUCUAGUUCCAGCUCCAGCUCCAGCUCUGAUUCUGACUUUGAGCCGUCGCAGAAGCAAGGCCAAGGGCCGCUUCGUUCGAUGGUGGAGGACAUGCGCUCUGAAGGCUCUGAUGAUGACAGCAGCUCUGAGGUUGAGACGCCCAUGAAGGCAACUCCACCCAACCAGGACUCUCGUUUAAGCAUGGACAGUGAGAGUGAUGGCAAUGAGGAGUCCCGUCCCCCCAGCCAGGAAGCCCCCUCACCUCUACCCAAACUCAGCUCAGCAAACCUAAAGAUGUUAGGAAAAAAGAGCCCAGAUUCUUGCACCCGUGAGAAGGUGCUCAAGAGGGGAUACGACAAGGUAGGAAGGGCUUAUACAGAGGAGCUUGUGGACCUUCAUCGCAGGCUGAUGGCUUUGAGAGAGAGGAACAUUUUACAGCAGAUUGUGAACCUCAUAGAGAAGACUGGCCAUUUCAACAUCACCAAUACAACCUUUGACUUUGACCUGUUUUCCUUGGAUGAGUCAACUGUACGUAAACUCCAGAGCUACCUGGAAGCCACCUCCACAUGACACAAGGAAGCUGCUCGGCCGUGAUUUUCAAGAGUGUGAGAGAUGCCCCCAAACUGACUGGGGGCAGAGGGAAAGGUAUUGAAAGCAAGAUACAAAUGCACAGGAACAAACUAAAACAAAACGAGCAAUCAAAAAAAAAAAAAAAAAAACUUUAUACUGUAAUAGAAAUAAGCAAACAAAAGGACCAGGGGCUUAAAGGGGCGGUAUUCAGGGUUUAUCUUAUAACAGCACUGCACAUUGCACUAAAAAACAAACUGUUGGCACAAUACUGUCCAAAAUGGACAGGAUCUCGCAUAGGAACAAUGGAAGAGAUACCGAAUUACAAGUAGGUACAUUUCAAGACUGGUUUUGCACCAAAGCUGUAACACUGGUGGAAAGGAUCCUUCACUCGGGCCUUUAUGCAGGGGCGACGACUGAAAGACUGUGUCCCCUCUAUACCCUGUCACUCUUCUGCUCCACGUACAUCAACCACUCAGCACAGCUUGGUGGCGUGGAAAGAGCCCAGCAUACUGUUUGUGUCCGCAUAGCUUUGUAGCCCCAUGUGUUGAAUAAAGUAAUACUCUCAAGCUUUGGUGAUAGAUGCUCCCGCGGAUCAACUAAAGGGGAAAAGCUAUCUGCCUUUGUAGUGCCUUUUUAAAAAAUCAUGUUUUUAAUUAUAAUUGUUUGUGAGUCUCUCAUUGGUCUUUGGAUGACCAAGAAUUAUCUGUCAACAUUAAUAUGCCUGAAAUUGACAUUCCAGGCCCUUUAAACACAGUUCUGUCUGGAGAGAACCAUUCUGCAUGUGUGAUCUGAGAAGGUCUUGUGCAUUAUUCUAUGUUUUUUGAUGGUCAGCAACAUGAAGUCAAUUUGUUACGCAUUUAAAGUUCUUUUUGUAGUUUAUUUAAGUAACUGUGCACUUUUUCUGGUCACUUCAGUGCUUUGUAAUUAUCUAAUAACUAUAUUUAUGAUUUUGUUUUUCUUUUUUUUUUUUUUUUUUUUUUACAUAAUAUUGACUUGCAAAAAUGUACAGAUUUUUGUCAAUGUUUUUAAAUACAUCUAUUGAAGUCAUAUUGAUUAUUCGAUCACUUGAGAGAAUAUGCACACAGAUUGAAGGGGGGACUUUUUUGUCUGUAUUCCAAUGGUGCAAUUGGAAAAAGAGUCUUCUGUUCACCUGAAGUAUUAUACAAGUGAAAAUGUAUUUGUGUCAGAUACGUAUUGUCUGAUGACAUUGCUUUUUUAAAAGCAUACCUGCUUGACAUGUUAUUCUUCAUUGUCGAUUGCCAGUUACCCUUUUGAUUCUGAAUAAUGUAUGGUUAUAAAGUAAACAAUGUUUUCAGUGAAACGUGUGUGGCAGAUGUAUGUUACAUCAUGGGAAAAUUGCAGUGAUCUGUUUUUGGAAUGAUUAACACUUGAAUAAUCACUUGCAGGAAUAUCACACCAAUAUACAUUUAUCAGCUCUCCUAUUGCAAAUACAGAAGAUGCUCAUAAUAAAUCCACAUAUUACAAAACACUAUAACUUGA